AUGACAGCCAAACAGUCUCUUCAUCCCCUUACACGGACUCCAGCCUUUGUGCUACGCAAAGGAAGCUGUUUUUACCUGAGAAAUCUCACCUCCAAUGUUGGCUUCCUAGGUGAAAAUGGUGCAGAAUUUUAUAGCGGCGAAAUUAUCUGUGGUCUGGAGCGCUUUCAUGCUAUGCAUAUCGUCCACUUAGACACCAAGCCCAACAAUAUGCUUCUCCUCGAUUCGGGUCACAACGCGAUGCGCUGCAAGAAGGCGGACUUCGAUGGAAUAUGGACAACAAUGGCAUGGGGCACUGGUGAAUUGUCAUCAUCACCGAGUCGACUAAUCUACACACCUGUUUCUCUCUGCUAUCAGCAUCCUUGA